GUGUAGGCCUAUAGUAUAGGUAGACAGUGGUGUGGUAGUAGACAGUAGUGUUGAGGCCGACACACACACAACAUGAUCAGCGCCGUGCUGAUGCUGGUGACAUCACUGGUGCUGACCAACCCUGCUGCUGCUAACUCCCGCGCCAUGGAGAAAAUGAACACUAUGGCACUGCUGAACAUGUACGGGUGGAGAUCUGAAGAGCACAGAAUCACCACAGAGGACGGCUACAUACUUCCACUGCACAGGAUAGUGAGCAAGAAGAGCAAGAACAAGAAGCCUCCAGUGUUACUACAACACGGCAUCCUCGGGGCCUCGGACAUGUGGAUACUGAGAGGCUCUGACAAAGACUUGCCUUUUGUACUGGCCAAGGCAGGUUACGAUGUGUGGCUAGGGAACGUCAGGGGAAACAACUACUGCAAGACUCAUGUAACAAUGAACGAUACAAUGGACGACUUUUGGGACUACAGUUUCCAUGAGAUGGGGUACUACGAUGUCCCUGCAAUGAUCGACCACAUCCUAGCAACGACGGGUCACAAGCAGCUGUUCUACAUCGGCCACUCCAUGGGCACAACAAUGUUCUACACCAUGUGUGUGUCUCGGCCAGAGUACAACAACAAGAUACGAGGCAUGUUUGCGCUCGCGCCCGUCGCAUACAUGUCUCAAUUCCCUGCUUUCCUCAAGCAGAUGGCCAAAUAUCGAUACCAGCUUUGGGAGAUGUUUAUCAAGCAGGGUAUACACCAGGUGUGGCCCAAGAUGCCGUGGUUAUCCACAGUAGAGGCUAAUCUGUGUAGAGACGGCUCUCCACUGCAGUCUGUCUGUGUAGAGAUAGUCUUCUCUAUUACAGGCUGGGACUACAAACAGUUCAAUAAGAGCAUGCUGCCAACUAUGAUAGAACAUCUGUCCAGCACCAACCCCAGAACUCUCGCUCACUAUGCUCAAAAUGUUGACUCAGGGCGGUUCCAAUGGUUUGACUACGGACCGACAAACAACCUCAAGGUUUACGGCAACACAGAAGCGCCUGAGUACGACCUCUCACUAGUCACAGCUCCAGUAUCCAUCCACUACAGCACCAACGAUAACCUGUCUUCUGAGAAGGACGUUAUGAAGCUAGUCAAAAAACUUCCGAAUGUCAUCGGAGUGUUCAAAGUUCCCUACAAGAUGUUCAACCACAUUGACUACUUGUGGGGAAACAAUGCUAAAACUAUCCUCUACAAAGACAUCAUACACCUCAUGAACAGGUUGUAACAUCAAGAUGUCCUGAAAGAACUUGACAAAAAUGACAACUCCUCUACGACAAAGUCUCUCUAGUACGGAGGCUCGAAAGCGACUGAGUACCUAUGAUUAGAAUGUAGUUCCUAAUAUUUAAGGUUUUGUGAUAAUAAAUGUUAAUAUAUGUCUUUUAAUUGUAGCGUACAAAAAUAUUUAUCAAUAAGAAUUAACUAUAAUACUCAAUACCGUUUAAAUUACUUCUAGUUAUAUUAGGAUUAUGUUUUAAUUUGCUCAAAACUAGUAAUGUGUAAGCUCAUUUAAUUGAUUUUCGACUGUUUACGAAGGGUCCAAAGUUAAUGAUUGUAACUAAAAAGCCUAAACAUUCAUUCAAUGAAAACAAAUUUCAUAAAUGUAACAUAUAUUUUGUUUGUGUAUUGUUUACGUUUAUUUUGGCAGUCUGCUAGUGUUAUUUUCUUAUUUGGUAUUAAUUUAGAUUAAAAGUACGGUACAAAAAUGCUAUAAAUCUUUGAUAUACGUAUUGCUGUGAUAGAUUAACUAUUCAUAAGGAAAAUAAAAAUGUUAGAUACUAUAAUACAAUCUCAUUAAAUGAUAUGGAAAAAAGUCAAACUGCCCAAUCCACCAUAGUUUUGCAUCUUGUUUUUUGCCAAUUAAGGACUGGACAAUGUCUUUUUCCCUCAUUUAAGGAUAUAAGAAAGUAUGGCCUGAUAAUUUUGUGGUCUGUUUUAAUUUUGUAUAUCUAAAAAACUAAUUUAUUGAGAUUUGUUUCUAGUGGUGAAACAGACACACAGCUAAUAAAUGCAAGCUUGCUAUUUGUUUGGAUAAGUUUUAUCAAAUAAUAAGGUUUUGCUAUACUUCCACAUUAUACCCUGUAAAGCAAAUCACACGCUCAAUCAUCAAAGAGGAAAGAUUUACCAAUGUUUUCAAACCUCUGUUGAUGUCGGGUUCCAAAGUCCUUAUUGAUACAAGGCAUAACUGUUUAGUAGUUUAAAAACAUGGUGUAAUAUAAUUCACCUUUAAAUAAACCAACAAGUUAGGCCUAUUUUGUUAUUGUAUUAUGUGUUUUAAGUAAAGAGCUCUGAUCCAGUAAUUGUAAGACUGUGGUUUGUAUGUAGAUUUGUAAUUAAAGUGAGAUUAUUAUUUUAAUAAAUAAUUUCUAACUAAA